GCUGCUGUGGCAUUAAUCAGUUGCAAGACGAUCGAUUAACGGAGAACAAGAGCCAGGCCAGGUGCAACCAUAUGUGGCUGCUUCGCGCUGGUAGUCGCCCCCCAAUCUCCAAAAACGUCUCAUCCUGACCGCGCAACGGAUUUCGAUCAUUUUAUUCGAAUUUUCCAAUAAUUUAUGGAUCGUUUGGAUGUGAAUUCGCGUAGCAGAAAGAUUGAAAUAAAUAUUUGUGGGGUGAAUUACCUAAUCAGUUGGCCAUUAACGUGAGUGCCCCGUGCCCCGUGCCCCGCGAAUUCCGAAUCGUGCGAGUGGUGAGUGUUUUUGCCGAGAGUCUGUGCGAGUGCGUGGUGAAUAAUUUAUAUAAUUCGCGGCGCACCAUCGAAUCCCCCGAGCAUUGCAUUGCUCGUUUGUACGUCGAGCAAUACGGAUUACAGAUACUGAAUCCGAUUCCGAUUCCGAUUCCCAUUUCGAUUCCGAUUCUUACGCAAGCAGAAUGCCAUCGGAUGAGGCGCUGACCGGCAUCGGGGAGCUGAUCUUCUCGCUGCUGAUCGGCUAUCUGGGCGCCCUGGAGUGUGCGUUGGUGGUGCGGCAUUUGUACCAUUGCACCUUUCAGCACUCCGCAUACACGGCCACAGAUGCAGCGGCGGACAAUGAAGAGCUGCCACGACUGCGCGAGCGCCUGGAGAAGGAGAUAGCCGAGGCGGCAGAGCGGGAGGCGCGCUCCGGCACCAAGGCCAUGCAGGAUGGUGUCCUCUACGACAACAAGGGCUUGCGCGUGGAUCCCGAAGGUGAUAAGAGAGCGGCGCUGGCAGCAGAAUUGGAGCGACAGCGGCAAAUCGAGGAGGAGACGCGACGACAGCUGGCGGAGGCACAGGCCCGCCUGGCAGAGGACCGUAGAAAGGCCAAGGAGGCGGACGAGAAGAUGAUCGAGCAGCAGAGAGAGGAGCGCAGGCAGCGCGAAGAGAAUGAGAGAAAGCUAAUCGAAGCGGAGAAGCAAAGAGAGGCAGAACAAAAGCAACGCGAAGAGCAGCAGCGAAAGCUUCAGGCGGCCGAAGAGCAAAGAGAGCGCGAAGAGAACGAGCGCAAGCUGAUCGAAGCCGAAAGAGAGCGCGAAGCCAACGAGCGAAGGAACCAAGAAGCCGAAGAGCAACAAGAACGCCAAGAGAACGAACAAAGGUUGAUCGAAGCGGAACAGAGACGCCUGGAAGCCGAACGCCAGCGAGAGCUUGAGGAAGCCGAGACGGAAGAGAGCGAGCGACGCCUGUUCGAGGCGGAAGUCCGGCGAGAGCGUGACGUGGAAGAUCAGGAACAAAGGGAUGCGGAGAUUGUAGAACGUCUUCUGGCGGCAGAGCGGGCAAGAAAGAUGAGCGCCACGGAGAGCGAGCUGGAGGAGGAGGCGCUGGAAGAGGAGUCGCGUCGCCUGCUCUCCGGCCGAGUGGAUGCGGCGAGCAAACAGAAAAUGAUCGAGGAGAACGCUAGGCUCUUCCUGGAGGCCGAGGAGGAGAUGGUGAUGCUGCAGCAGCGACAGCUGCAGGCAGCCCACAGCAGGGAGGACGAAGCCGAAUAUGCGGGCGCCGUGCCCGUGGAGGAGGAGCUCUGCGUGAAGAAGAUACUGCCGCCCAGAUUGCAGGAGCCGGAGGCCCAGGAGGAGCCCAUGGUGGUGCACAAAGUGAAGACGCAGUACAGACAGUCGAAGGGCCCCAGCUUCCCGGGCGUGUCCGACGAGGGAUCCUCCUUGGAGCCAAAUUCCAGCCAGCAGUCGUCCUUCAGCACACAGCCAUCGGAGGAUUUGCUACGCACAGAGGAAGAGCGGCCAGAGCCCGAGGGCGAGGAUCACACGCCCGACAUGCAGUACACGGAGGACUAUCUGCGCUCCCUGGACGGCAUCAAGAGUCGUCCGCUGAUGCGAGAGGAUGGAUCCGGCAGGCGGCGAGCCUUCAAGAAGCGCCGCUCCAGUGGCAGCUCCAAUUCCUCGCGUGACUCACGCGCCUCCCGCGACGAGGAGCUGAAGAUGUUCACCUCGCUGGAGGAGGAGGAGCUGCGCCACGGCGACCGGGAGGACUACAAUCCCAUCAAGUACACCAGCGAACCCACGCUGCGGGUCAAGUCCCAUCACAGGCGGCACAAGCGCAGUCCGGCCAAGGACAUGAUGCCACCGCCGGAGGCCGAGGCGAGUGGCGUCUCCCUGGAGAUGCUCGGCGAGGAGAGCACCAACCCAUGGGGCGAGGUGAUGCCCGAACACUACAAGGACACGGAGUUCUGGAAGCGCGAGAAGGCAUUGUCCAUCGAUGAGGAGGAGUUCGAUUUGGAUUUGUCGAAGAAUGAGCAGAAGUCCUCUUCGUUCGAGGAUGCAACGGAUGCGCAGAAUGAGGAGGCAGCCACCGCAUUGCUGCAACAACGCGCCAAGGAGCAGCCGGUAAGUGUGGCAGAAAACUCUCUCUCUCUAAGGAUUCUAAUUGAAUCUCUUCAAUGGCAGGAGGACACCAACAAAGCGGCGGAGAGCAGCGCCAGCAGCGACAACAAAUCGAAUCUGCGCACCUCUCCCGCAACGGAGGAGCAGUCCAAAGGCGGGUCACCCGGCCUUCGACGCAGUCCACGCAUCGACGAAAUGGAGCACUACGCGGAGCGCUGGUCAGCCACACAGCCGGAACAGCCGCCGAAACCCAGCAUCAAUGUGCAACAGCCGGACACGGCACCGUGGCGCGAUCAGUACGGACUGAUGAUGGAGGGCCUGAGCGACUUUUACGACUUCCAGGCCUCCGUGAAUCCCUCACGUUCGCGUUCCACCUCCCGCAAUCCCUCGCCACAGCCCAAGAAUGUGGCCAAUCGCAUGGAUGUGGACAUGGAAAAGUCUUUGGAGGUCUACGACGACACACAGAACGGGGUGAUGGCGGGGGAGCUGAGUUGCGAGUUGGUGCUGCAGCUGCUGGAGACGACAAUGAAUGCGAAUGAACAGCCAGCAGAGCAGCUGAAGCUGCAGAAUGUGGCAGAUGAUGCGAGCAAUGGAAGUCCCCCAGUGGCCAUGGUCUAUGCCCCCACAGAGAACUCGCUACGCGAGGAGACAGCCAGACACUCACGCUCCCGUUCCCCACUGCCAACCAGCGAGAAUCUCGAGCGCAGCAUCAGCCAGCGCAGGCAGCGUCUGAUCAAACACAACGACGAGAUCAUGGAACGAUUGUCCAACUCCAGUGGCAGUGAUGGACGCAACAGUCCCAUGGAAACGGAAGCCAAUGGAAAUGUAACGCCACCGCUGCCCCAGCCCGUAAUCGAAAUCAAUGACAUGGCCAUGGCUGAGCCCAUGGAGGAGGUGGAGCCCCAGCCGACACUGGAGGAGCGGCGGCUGUUUGUGGAAACCCUUCGAGCGGAGCGCAAUUCGCACUCUCGAUCAAGCUCCCGUUCACGUUCGCCACUGCCCACGGCGGAUAAUAUAGCCAAGAGCCUGGAGAGCCGUCGCCAGAGGCGCAUCCAACACAACGAUGAGAUCUUUGAGAAGCUACACCUAUCGGAAGAGGAGACAAAUCCUGCAGCUGCCAGCAUGCCCAUCCCCUGUGUGUCCAUUGAGAUUGAAGCCCCACCCGAGGAGCAGCAGAUUGAAGUUGAAGCCGUCGAGGAGGAGGACACACCCGAGAGCAUGGCCCGACUCUUCGAGCAGCUGCGGCUGAACCGCGUGCGUUCUCACACACGUUCCCGGUCUCGCUCCCGUUCGCCGCUGCCAAGUGCCGCCAAUCUGGAGCACAGUCUGGAGCGGCGUCGCGAUAAGCUGAUUGCCCAGAACGAUCUGUUCUUUGAGCAGCUCCAGGAGCGGGCCAAGACCCCCGAGCCAGAGCCACGUCUGACCGUGGAAUAUGUCUACGAGUUUGUUCAGGAGGAGACAGCCAGAGAUCAUCCUGCGGAUGGCAGGGAUAUGCGUUCGCUCUCGCCCUCACGCUCCCGUUCCAUGACACCAGCGGAGCAGAAGGCGGAGCAAGAGCUGAGUGAGGGCCAUGACUUCCAUCGGAUGCUCAAUCUGGAGGGAUCCGAUCAGCGCACGCUUCGCAAGAACAGCGAGGAGGUGGAGAGUGUCCUGGCGUCGAGUGUCAAGCAGCGAGAACUGGAUCUAGAGGCACUGCAGCAGCUGCAGCAUGCCAGCGAGGAGAUUGAGUUGCGUGUCCUCAGUCCCACGGGUUCCGAGCGUCAGCUAGUGGAGGAGAUGACCAGAGAGGUGCCAGAUGCCGCGCGAACCGUGUCCGAGGUGGCCAGGGAUCUGCAGGAUGAACUGGUGGCCCCAGGCUUCAAGCGUUCCACCUACGUGGGUGAGUCCCUGGACCAAGUGGAGGAUACGGCGGCACAGCGGGAGCUGCAGGCAGCCAUUCUGGACUCGAUCACGGAGAAUCGUUUGGGUGCCAAGCCCAAGACCUUUGCCGAGGAGCUAAAGGACACGCAGCGCAUGAAGGACGAGUCGCUGGCCAGCGGCUUUAAGCGCUCCACCUACGUGGGUGAAAUGUCGCAGGAUAUGUCCGCUGGACAGCUGGACGACCUGCGUCAUCGCACGGCGGAAUUUCAGCGCUCCCGCAGCCAGAGUCGUUCCCCACUGCGCGGCGAGGAGGUGGCGCUGCUGCGGGACAUUGACGAGGAGGUGGCCAAGCGGGAGCUGCAGGAUCAGCUGCUGGACAGGCUGGCUGCCUCCAGCGUGAACUUUGAGAACUUUUCGCGGCAUCUGAAUGCCGAUUUCCUGGACAGCGAGCGGCGUGCCUCCGAUUCGGCAAUCCUCAAGCAGAUCGAUCCGUACGGCGAUCAUCUGGAGCCGGAGGAGUAUCAUCACUUUCGUCGCUACUCGCUGGCCCAGGAGCAGCCCGUGGAGGAGUAUCCCAGCGAUGAGUAUGUGUACAUCUCGCAGAUUGAAGUGCGCACAAUGACGGGUACGCGCACCUGGCUGAGGGAGGACUUUUACUCGCAGGAACCGGAGGAUUUCGAGUGCUCCAAGGAGCAUGUCGUGGAUCGGGAUUCCUGGGCACGCGCUGUGCUCGCCGCAGAGGCAGAGGCUGCCGCCUUUGAUGCCACCAAUGCCAUCUACAGCUACGACAUAACCGGCGAGGAUUACGACGAAGAUCGGCAGCAAGAACAGGCCUUGGACUUGGACCUGGAGCGUAGCAGCUCCAACGACAGCGAGGAUGAGCGUCAGACUGUGGUGGAGAUUGACGACGAGGAUGAGUUCGAGUACGAGUUCGAUGAGGGCAUCUCGGAUAACAAUGAGCGCACACAACCGACGGACGAGUCCCACCACGACACCUCCGAGUGCGAGGAGGCGGAGCGGAAUGCCGAUCGCUAUGCCAAUCGUGGGGCCCAGGACUGGGAGGAGGUGGACGAUGCGGAGGAUUUCGUAGACUAUGGAUUGGAUGAUGGCGCUGUGGGUGGUGCCACGCCCUACUCCGACCCGGACUCCUUCAUCGAGCAGAUCUACAACGAUGCCAUCAAGAACAGGAAACAGUCGGGCAUCCUGCGGGAGUACGAGACAAUUGUGCAGGAGCAGCUGCCGUCGGACCACAGCGAGUCCUCGGACAAGGAGAAGUCCAGCUCUGAGAGCGAACGCUAUGCGCUGUGGGCCAAGACGCGAGAACUGGAGAGAUCCAGCUCCAGGCAACGACACACCGAUGUGGACAUUGCUUUGGGUCUGGGUCUGCUGGAGAGCGAGCGGCGGGACACGGAGAUGCGGUACCUGGGGGAUGCCCAAGUGGCUGCCAGACAAUCCACGCGACUGCGCACUCGCUAUGGCUACAAUCCACAGCUGCAGGCGAGCAUGGAGCUGGAGGAUGACAUCGAAGUGGAUUUGAACUACAAGCCAAAGCGGGAAUACAAUUGGAGGAAGAAUUUCAGACUGGAUGAUAAUGGAAAUGGAGGGGAAAUGACAGACAGAACGGAAGAAGAGCAGGAAGAAGGCGAACGCUAUGAAGAGGAGGUGCAGCAGCUGGAACUGGAGGACUACAAUCAGAAUGAAGAGUCCCUGCAGUACCAGGAGGAAGAACAAACCAAUGGGGAAAUGCUCGAGCUGCGUCGCAUGAGUCUUGGCGGCGAGAGCAUCACCCUCUUCAGUCGCAGUCCCAUGCGAGAGAUUCUCACCGAUGUGCAGGAGGAGAGUUACACCCAAGCAGAGGGGGAAGUCGAAAUCAUCAACGAGGAGCCACCACCACCUGUGCAGGCCAUCGAGCCACCCAGCGAGAAGCCCAAAAAGAAAAAGAGCAAGAAGAAGGUGCGCAAGGGCUCCAAAACGGAGGAGGAGCUGCGCGAGGACAACGAUUCGGAUACGCAGAUGUACGCCAGUCGCCGGCAGGAUGAUCAGCAGGAGGCGGGAGCAGCAGCAGCCAACAUCGAGCCAACACCCAAGCGAAAGACUCGCUCGCGGCGCAGCUCCAAGAGCAGCCUCAACAGCGAUCAAGCUGAAGGAGGAGGUCUCUUCUCGCCCCGAAGCAGCUUGGCCUUUGUGGGCGAUUCAUUGGCUGGCAUUGCAGAAUUUGAGACACAAGAAAGAAGGGGGGAGGAAGAGGAGCAGCCCAAAAAGAAAACCAAGAAGCGGAAGAAGACCAAGGAGCUGCUGCCACAGCAGCUAGCACCAGAAAUGGAUCAGUUGGACAAAGAUUUGGUUGCUGCUCUCUCGGAGAUUGCGCCCGUUUCGGUGUCCUCGAAUCUGACGCCCGAAUCCACGCAGCAGAAUCUGUUGUCUAGCGUGAGUGCGGGUCAAAGUGUGUGCGUGACCCCGGCCUCAUCCAUCGAGGAAGCAUCCCCCUCCAACACCUGCUCUGCUGUGGUGCCCGCCCGCUCCGUUGUGGACACUUUCGACAUACUGAAAGAUGCCAACUUUUAUCCGCUCUUUUAGCUUUUGCUUUUUUGGUUUGAUUUAAUCCUCAAGCUGCACUCAUUUGUUGUUUUAUUUUUUAUCUAUUUCUUAUAGACAUGUUCAUAGCCACGAAUACGAGUCCGAACAAACACGAGCCAUAGAUCCAUAGAUACUCCCAGCAUCCAGCAUCCAGCAUCCAGCAUCCGCAUCCUCUGACUGAAAGGGUAAACAAAUGCCCAACCCAUAGGAUCAGAGAUCCUAACUAUCUAUCUAUUUAUUGUAUAAACUGUGUAUUAUACUAACGAACCAUGAACAGAUCCCACAAACCCCACAAGAAAAGAGGCCUCUACUCAUCAUAGAUGUUAGUUGUACUUAACGAACUCUUUUUGCUGUCUUUUUAAUUGCCGAGAAAUAAAUGCCAAAUGAAUAAAAGAAAA